AAAAACAAAACAAAACAAAACACAAACAUAGGGAGAAACAAAAAUCCGCCUGUGCCUACAGACUGCUUGCGAGAUAGAUAGACGCAACCAGGCACGCGAGACGAGUGCUUCGCAUCAAAACCCUAGGAACCUUCCCCACCGCCCUCGCUUGCGGUCGAUCCAUCUCAUCGGCAUGAAUCGGCGCUGACGGUGUCUUCUCAGCGGCGUAUAACCAUACCGAGAGAUCAUGUACAAGGAGAGAGCGAUGGUUGCCUCGAAGGCGGACGUGGUGGAUCGGAAGCGGAUCUCCAACGCGCUCGAUAAACAUCUUGAGCGGCCAUCUCCAUCGACGUCCCGGUCCCUCAAUGGCAAGGGCAAGGGAACCUCGGCGGCUGCGCACUCCGUCUUGAUGGGGAAGCAACCCCAUGACCACAGGGAUUCGCGCUCUACUUCUCUCUCCAAGAACAACGUUUUCGACGAUGAAUCGGAAACAGACAGUGAAGAAUCAGAUGUCAGCGGCUCUGAUGUAGAGGACACCUCAUGGAUAUCUUGGUUCUGCAGUUUACGUGGAAACGAGUUCUUUUGUGAAGUCGAUGAUGAUUACAUUCAGGACGACUUCAACUUGUGUGGACUCAGCAGUCAAGUUCCUUACUACGACUAUGCCCUUGAUUUGAUUUUGGAUGUAGAAUCUUCUCAUGGUGAGAUGUUUACAGAGGAACAGAAUGAAUUGAUCGAGUCAGCAGCAGAGAUGCUUUAUGGUCUGAUUCAUGCUCGUUAUAUAUUGACGAGCAAAGGAUUGGCUGCCAUGUUAGACAAAUACAAAAGCUAUGACUUUGGAAGAUGCCCAAGAGUGUAUUGCUGCGGCCAACCUUGUCUUCCGGUUGGUCAAUCGGACAUCCCUCGAACGAGCACAGUAAAGAUAUAUUGCCCAAAAUGUGAAGACAUUUAUUACCCCCGAUCAAAAUACGAAGGAAACAUAGAUGGAGCAUACUUUGGGACGACAUUUCCGCAUCUGUUUGUGAUGACGUAUGGGCAUCUGAAGCCACCGAAAGCACCUCAAAGCUACGUUCCAAGAGUGUUUGGGUUCAAGAUUCGCAAGCCUUGCCUUGAUUCAAACCCACAACAGAGGAGAUGAUUGCCGCUAGAAGAAGAAGAAAACCAAAAAAGAGAGGCCCGGAAUCUGUAGAAAACAUGUGGGCUUAUAACGCCUUGUAAUCUUUGUCCUUGGUUUCUCGAUACCCAUCAAAAAGCACAAAAAGUUUUUUUUGUUUUUAAAUGCAUGGAUUGAUGUUGUCUGACUGUCGUGUUUGGUGGAUGGAGUAGUAGUCGGUGAGACUCAUUGUCCAAACCAAAGGAUUUGACGUU